AUGGCGACCCUCAGGUACAAUCAGCCAGGUGGGCCACGCGGCACAGCCAGGUGGGCCACGCGGCACAGCCAGGUGGGACACGCGACACAGCCAGGUGGGACACGCGACACAGCCAGGUGGGACAAGCCAGGUGGGCCACGCGGCACAAGCCAGGUGGGCCACGCGGCACAGCCAAGUGGGCCACGCGGCACAAGCCAGGUGGGCCACGCGGCACAAGCCAGGUGGGCCACGCGGCACAAGCCAGGUGGGCCACGCGGCACAAGCCAGGUGGGCCACGCGGCACAAGCCAGGUGGGCCACGCGGCACAGCCAGGUGGCCCACGCGGCACAGCCAGGUGGCCCACGCGGCACAGCCAGGUGGCCCACGCGGGCCCACGCGGCACAGCCAGGUGGGCCACGCGGCACAGCCAGGUGGGCCACGCGGCACAGCCAGGUGGGCCACGCGGCACAGCCAGGUGGGCCACGCGGCACAGCCAGGUGGGCCACGCGGCACAGCCAGGUGGGCCACGCGGCACAGCCAGGUGGGCCACGCGGCACAGCCAGGUGGGCCACGCGGCACAGCCAGGUGGGCCACGCGGCACAGCAGGGGGCCCACGCGGCACAGCCAGGUGGGCCACGCGGCACAGCCAGGUGGGCCACGCGGCACAGCCAGGUGGGCCACGCGGCACAGCCAGGUGGGCCACGCGGCACAGCCAGGUGGGCCACGCGGCACAGCCAGGUGGGCCACGCGGCACAGCCAGGUGGGCCACGCGGCACAGCCAGGUGGGCCACGCGGCACAGCCAGGUGGGCCACGCGGCACAGCAGGGGCCACGCGGCACAGCCAGGUGGGCCACGCGGCACAGCCAGGUGGGCCACGCGGCACAGCCAGGUGGGCCACGCGGCACAGCCAGGUGGGCACGCGGCACAGCCAGGUGGGCCACGCGGCACAGCCAGGUGGGCCACGCGGCACAGCCAGGUGGGCCACGCGGCACAGCCAGGUGGGCCACGCGGCACAGCCAGGUGGGACACGCGGCACAGCCAGGUGGGGGACACGCGGCACAGCCAGGUGGGACACGCGGCACGCCAGGUGGGACACGCGGCACAGCCAGGUGGGACACGCGGCACAGCCAGGUGGGACACGCGGCACAGCCACGCGGCACAGCCAGGUGGGACACGCGGCACAGCCAGGUGGGACACGCGGCACAGCCAGGUGGGACACGCGGCACAGCCAGGUGGGACACGCGGCACAGCCAGGUGGGACAAGCCAGGUGGGACACGCGACACAGCCAGGUGGGCCAAGCGACACAGCCAGGUGGGACACGCGACACAGCCAGGUGGGCCACGCGGCAGACAGGUGGGACAAGCCAGGAGGGACACGCGACACAGCCAGGUGGGACACGCGACACAGUAAGGUUUGGACACGCGACACAGCCAGGUUUUGACACGCGACACAGCCAGGUUUGGACACGCGACACAGCCAGGUUUGGACACGCGACACAGCCAGGUUUGGACACGCGACACAGCCAGGUUUGGACACGCGACACAGCCAGGUUUGGACACGCGACACAGCCAGGUUUGGACACGCGACACAGCCAGGUUUGGACACGCGACACAGCCAGGUUUGGACACGCGACACAGCCAGGUUUGGACACGCGACACAGCCAGGUUUGGACACGCGACACAGCCAGGUUUGGACACGCGACACAGCCAGGUGGGACACGCGACACAGCCAGGUGGGACACGCGACACAGCCAGGUGGGCCAAGCGACACAGCCAGGUGGGACACGCGACACAGCCAGGUGGGACACGCAACACAGCCAGGUGGGACAAGACAGGUGGGCCAAGCGACACACCCAGGUGGGCCAAGCGACACAGCCAGGUGGGACACGCGACACAGCCAGGUGGGACACGCGGCACAGCCAGGUGGGACAAGCCAGGUGGGACACGCGACACAGCCAGGUGGGCCAAGCGACACAGCCAGGUGGGACACGCGACACAGCCAGGUGGGACACGCGACACAGCCAGGUGGGACACGCGACACAGCCAGGUGGGCCAAGCGACACAGCCAGGUGGGACAAGCGACACAGCCAGGUGGGACACGCGACACAGCCAGGUGGGACACGCGACACAGCCAGGUGGGACACGCGACACAGCCAGGUGGGACAAGACAGGUGGGCCAAGCGACACACCCAGGUGGGCCAAGCGACACAGCCAGGUGGGACACGCGACACAGCCAGGUGGGACACGCGGCACAGCCAGGUGGGACAAGCCAGGUGGGCCACGCGACACAGCCAGGUGGGCCACGCGACACAGCCAGGUGGGACACGCGACACAGCCAGGUGGGACACGCGACACAGCCAGGUGGGACACGCGACACAGCCAGGUGGGACACGCGACACAGCCAGGUGGGACAAGCCAGGUGGGACACGCGACACAGCCAGGUGGGCCAAGCGACACAGCCAGGUGGGACACGCGACACAGCCAGGUGGGACACGCGACACAGCCAGGUGGGACACGCGACACAGCCAGGUGGGACACGCGACACAGCCAGGUGGGACAAGCCAGGUGGGACAAGCGAUACAGCCAGGUGGAACAAGCGACACAGCCAGGUGGAACAAGCGACACAGCCAGGUGGAACAAGCCAGGUUGAACAAGCCAGGUUGA